AUGGCAUACUUUGUCUUCGAACAGAUAUCUGGUAUCGAUCAUCUCUUUAAGAGUCAGCGCGAGGCUAUGCGCGAAGGCGCGACGUACAUUGACGGCCAGAUCCCUGAACUUAUCAGGACAUAUAGCGCUUCGCCGCGCAUAGAGAGGCAACUCCAGAAGAAACUCAUGGAUCGGAGAAGGUAUGGGAAACUAGCAAUGGCCAUUGUUGGAGGAGCAGGAUUAAUGGCUGGCGGGGUAAUGGCGCUUCCCGUGUUCGGUAUCGCAGCGACGACCGGAGUUGCGAUGACAAACUUAUUGACAGCUACCUACGUCUCGGUUGUUGGUUCGUUCAAUGCCGUUCGUCCUGAUCCCAGAUACAUCAGUUCCAAUCUAGAAGAGAACAUACACUCGUCGCUCAACGAGUUCCGCCAUGCUAUGAUUAGCAAUGAAACGUUUGGCAUGCAGUCGAUCAUGGGGCAUCGACCUAACACACCUGGUCAAGAUCUGGUAGAUGUCAUAGCAGGUGAAUACUUCUUCAGGAGAGACGAAAACAUCCAACAACCUCUCCAAGAGUCGUUCCUCAGGACAAUCUUUUCCACCACUCUCAAUGGAAUCUGGGCACAGGAGAGAUCAUACAUUGUUCAGGCAAAUGGACAGACUGGAUAUUGUGAGUGGGAUACGCGUGGACCUCAAGAGAACAGAGCUUGCUUGCCAGACCAUCCAAAUUCUGUAUACUACAUGUAUGCCCUCGAAGUCUCUAGGGAGUACGAUCAUCGGCAAAAUGACAUGGCCCUCAUCCACGGCCCUACUGGCUAUCGAAACUUCGACUCGAAAUCAGGGCGGCCUACCCCACACGGCAUCACCAAAGAGGAUAUCGUUCGUUCUGCAAUAUUUGUUCAUGAGAACAAACUGCAAGACGCCAUACGCAACCGGGACUACCACAUGAUAUCCGAGGCUGCGAAGCGCGAUCUAGCGAUGGGCAAGAAUCUUGGAAAAGUUCCAGGUGGUUUUAGCCUACCAAUCUGUGUAAAUCCAGGCGGCGAAGCCAUCUCCAGCGAUUGGGACAAGAGAGCUCGCAACUACCCAUGCAUGUGCGGCAACUUUGGCUGGAACGACGGUACAUGGACCUACCAGGCAGACGAGACUGAACCCUUCCUCGUUCACACUGGUCUCAUGUAUUCCGAAGACUGGGAACGCUUUUGCCAUCGCAACGGGGAAUGCAAAGGAGUCGAGUGGGACAAACUACAUGGGAGAUUGGACCAGCAGCGUGAGCCGGGUGAUCCACAGAUUUCAAAAAAUUUGAAGCAUCUUUUCGAUCGAUGUAAGCAGGACACCGAACACGGAGCAGGGAAGCCUUGGUACGACUUUUCCAGUAAUCCUCCUUUGGGACGAUCGGUGCGCGACACCUUUGUGGCUUUGACGAAGAAGAUCUUCAGGCGGCAUGAAUGA